AAGAAAACCCCUCAGAGUUCCUGUUUCGGGAGCCGCAGGGCUGCAGAGCUUCCAAGGUGGGCUGAACUGCAUCGUUUCAAUCCACCUCUCCAUAAGAAUUCACAGAGGGAAAUUCAAUGAACACCCUGAUGUGUCCUCCCAUGGGUAUUACAGAUUGCAUCGAUUUGACCGUGGGACAACCAAAUGGUUGUUUCUCCAACCGUCAUACUUCGAGAUGUCAAGGAUUGAUUGGCCCACAUCCACCAUUUGCUACUGGGAGAUCGCCCUGCAAAAAUGGAGUCACGCCAGCCGGACGAGUUCUUCAGAAGAGAUCUGUAUCACACGGCACCCUGGGCACCUGAGAAACCGGCAGGCCACGCCUCACGCCGUGACAUCAAUCUACUGCAGUAAGCCUGCCAAGACCAGAACAAAGGACUAUUGAAUCAGUGGUGGGCCUCCAAGAAGACCUCAGUCCCUCCAGCCACUGCGACCGAUGCAGAUCAUGGGCAGUACCGGGGGCCCACGCCCUCGCAUCACCGCCGAUUGGGUGCUCAAGGAGAUCGACAAGUUUGCUCAAGGUCUGGGCAAGUGGCUCAAGGUGGCGGGUGACGACAAGGCGGAAAUCUUGAAGCACAGCAUUGGAAGUCGGCCAUUGACUGAGCACAAGACCAUGGUCGAGUUCGGCAGCUUUGUGGGCUACACUGCCACCCGCAUGGGACGGGCUGUGGAACUCUGCUACGAGAAGGGGUAUGCCGAUGGAUCCAUCCUCUUCGAAGACUCGCGGCUCCAGGGCGCCAAUCGCAUCACCUCCAUGGAGAUCGACCCCGUACAUGCGUGCAUUGCCAGACACGUGCUGGAUAUGAGUCGCCUUUCGCACAUUGUCGAGGUGUGGAUCGGUCAGGUGAAGGAUCUCAUCCCUCGGCUCAUUGAGGAGCAUGGGGAGAUGUCGUUGAACAUGGUCUUCAUGGAUCAGCGGGGGACCACCUUCCACGAUGACCUUUCGCAGCUGGAAGAGCUGAGCUUGAUGUUUCCCAACUGCCGCAUCGUGGCAGACAACUGUGUGAAGCCGGGCUCUCCUGUGUACUGCUGGCAUACCACGGUGAGCGAGCGGUACAAGACCACGAACUACAGCUUGAAUGAAUUUCUGGAAUCCACCAUCGAGGAUUGGCAGGUGGUCUGCGACUACUUGGGGCCCUUAGCGGGCGUCCCAGCUGCUGGGCGUCCCUCCCCGUGGGAGGCACCGAGGGGUGAAGAGUGGCGUUCCUAUCCCAUUCGCGACCUACGAUGAGCGAAAAAGAAGGGGAGAGAUACUGGGGUAACUGGAGCUCAAAGGAAAGGGA